CCUCUACAUUCACCCUCUGUGAACCUCCUCCUCCAUUUUGACCAGCACUGGCUAUUUGAAGUCAUUCCAAACAGCCACGCUUCGCCGUUUGGUCCAGUCCGCUGCCUCUGCACCGUCCCUCGCUUCCUUCCACCACUCCGGGACAAGGCAUCUACCCACCCCCACCGACUCCCGCAAACCUCUGAGCUCUCAAUACUUUAAACUAUGGCCGCCGUCAUGAACCCUAUGCAUGUCGGCCAUUGGCAAACCCAACCCGAGCAACCUUUCCACGACCACGUCACGUCUCUCUUCUCGUCGGGGUCGUUCAGAACUUCAGUCGACUCAGAAGCCACAGGACCCUUUCAAGCGGCAACGGCACACAUGCACCACCAGAUGGCACAGUACUCGGAUCCAUACCAACCUGGCCUCUUCGUGCCAGUGGUGGGUUCUAUGCCUAUGAAUCCCUACAGCCUGCAACAGCCUUUUCAGACGAACUUCAGUUCUGCAAUGCCGUCGACCCCUCUGUUUCACUCCGUCAACCACGGUCAACCUGCUCCCAGACUGGGCGACCCAAGGGCCCGCUUUCCCAUGGAAAGGGCCAUGCCCUCGGCAGUGAAAAUGGAGGUGCCCUCUCCCACUCGACCCGCUUACUCUUAUCUGGACUCUCCCCAACACGAAGACUCUAAGCCGACGCUCCCCCAGCCUACCCAAGGUAACACAAUCGAGUUCAAUACCCACGUCGAUACCUUGAUGAGAGCGAUACAGGCAAAGCAAAAGCAUGAGCCUCAGCAGACACAGCAACCUUCGGAGGUACGCCCCGAAUUGGCCCAGGAACUUCGGCGAGCACCACACUCACCUCCGCGACAGGACGCCAAACAGCAGACCAAGUCACAGAAGAAGCCAACUAGGAAAUACGAGUGCCCGUUGCAGGAUUGCAACAAACGAUUCUGUCAGAAGACACAUCUUGUCAUCCAUAUGCGCAGUCACAACGGCGAAAAGCCUCACGUUUGUAGGCAUCCUGGUUGCGGGCAAAGUUUUUCACAGUUGGGAAACCUAAGGACUCAUGAGCGGCGACACACUGGAGAGAGGCCAUACAACUGCGACAUAUGCGGCAAAAGCUUCGCUCAACGUGGCAAUGUGCGAGCACACAGAAUCGUUCAUCAGCAGAUCAAGCCCUUCACCUGCGAACUCAACAAAUGUGGGAAGCGCUUCACUCAACUUGGAAACCUCAAGCAUCAUCAGAACAGGUUCCAUGCAGACACCAUAGCCGAGCUCACAAAGAAGUUCGCCUCGGUAGAAGAAGUCGAUAACGUCACAGACGAGGAGCGGAAACUCUGGGAGUACUUCGCCUCGCUCUACAAGAACUCCAACAAGGGCAUCAAGGGGCGCGGCAAGGACCGGCGGAUCUCAGUGGCUUCUUCAACCGUUUCAACUUCGUCGUACACGGCUACUAUGGCUCCAUCAGCCAGACGAGACUCAAUCGAGUACAGCGAGAUGUAUGCACAAUCGGCCAGUAGCCGAAGCAGCCGAUGCUCGUCACUAUCCUCGGUGGGCUUCAUCAAGGCGGAUGACGGUUUCGACUUCAACAGCACCAUGGUUGGGGGCUACGCAGGCUCGUCGGGUUAUGACGAUUGUGUGUUCCCCGAACGGACGCUCUAGGAAUUCCAAGUUUUGCACGACAAUGAUGAAAU